AAAAGCGACCCCGAUGCUUCAAAAGUGGGAGAUUCGAAGUGGUUGCAGCAAAACAAACCGGAUUUAAGCUUUGUUUGUGUCAAACAGCUUCAUCUAAUGCGCUGACACAACACACUGGAGAUCUGUUCCGCUUCAUAACUGAUGGCGACCCCGAGUAAGACGCCGCCCGGCGCCGACCCGAAGCAGCUGGAGCGGACCGGGACGGUCCGGGAGAUCGGCUCCCAGGCGGUGUGGUCCCUCUCCUCCUGUAAACCGGGCUUCGGAGUGGAUCAGCUGAGAGACGACAACCUGGAGACGUACUGGCAGUCAGACGGGUCCCAGCCACACCUGGUCAACAUCCAGUUCAGGAGGAGGACCACGGUGAAGAUGUUGUGUAUUUAUGCUGAUUAUAAAUCAGAUGAGAGCUACACGCCCAGUAAGAUCUCCGUCAGAGUCGGGAACAACUUCCACAACCUGCAGGAGAUCCGGCAGCUGGAGAUGGUGGAGCCCAGCGGAUGGAUUCACAUCUCGCUCAUGAAUCAGCGCACCAACGAGCCGAUCAGCACCUUCAUGAUCCAGAUCGCGGUCCUGGCAAACCACCAGAACGGACGCGACACCCACAUGCGGCAGAUCAAAGUGUACACGCCGGUGGAGGAGAGCUCCAUCGGGAAGUUCCCACGAUGCACCACGGUGGACUUCAUGAUGUACCGAACCAUCAGGUGAUCCAGAAUCUGACGGAGAAACCACUGAGAGUCAGAAUCAGCUGUUUGUUUCUGUUCAUAUUUAAAAUAAAGCUGCCAAGAUUUAAAGUUAAAGGUGUUUAAAAUGAGACGCUUCACCGCCAGAAUUAAACUUUUUGCAGCUUUUUUGAGGAAAAUUAAACUCAUUUUUUUAUAUUUUCUAAAGAACAUUUUCCCUCAUUAACCUGACCCGGCUGCAGCCAAUAAACACUGAGACAUUUAGUGUGUUUUAUUUGAUCUAAAGGAGCCGGACGAGUUCUUUAACAAGCCAAAACUUAGUAGAACUUUUGGGUUUUUUGAGUUUUUUACGCAGUUGCAACCUGCCGUGCCUACAGACUGUCUGCUGUCGUCCUGUUUGUUCAAUAAAAUGUGUUUCAAAGCAA